AUGAACUCUAAUAACUCUAGUCAUUUAUGUGUUUUCUUUUUGGCAGCUCUCCUAACCUUCGUGCCUAUCGUUCGAGCGAAUUGUUCAAAUUCAGCUGUCUAUAGUUCAUGUAAGCAGCGUGAAAGUUCCAAUUCAGCUUUAUGUACUUCAACUGAUUUUGUUUGUAAAUGUAGUGCAGUUAAAGCCAUUUCUGAAUGUUACAGACAAUGUACCGAUGAUCCUAAUAUUGUAGCCGAAGCUGAAGCUUAUUCGUUAGUUGUCAAGGCAUCCUGUAGUGUCAGUAGUUACUAUCAAGCAUUCACAACCACUCGGUUGACUUCUCCAACAAAGGCGAAACAAAUUUCUUCUACUCCUACAAAUGUCAAUCAAAAUAAUAGCAAAAAUAACGGAGUUAUUGUUUUUGUCGGAUUUACAUUAUUUGUUAUCGGAUUAAUAGUUGGCUUCACAUUAGUACUCUGCGCUUUAUAUUUUCGUUCAAAUCGUCUUUCAGUUGAUAUUCUACCAUCAACAAUGACUCCAUCACAACCACCACCACCUUAUGUAAAAUAA